AUGGCGAACCCUUACAUUACCACAUUUACUAAAAUGCAUAAAGAGACCCUUGCAUUGAAUGAUAUUAAGGUGGUGGAACAACAACUCGGUAAUCUUUGGACGUACCAUGUGAGACAGGAAUCUCGUAAAUUUGGUUAUGUGUUCAUCUUCCGACGACAGUGGCUAGAUUUGGACUUCCCAAAAGUACUAAUCGCACCACAUCGCUCCAAAAGUGGUCCAGAAGAACCAUUUAAUGGUGUGGUGAGCACGUGCAAAAAUCGGUGUUCGCGUCCGUAUGGUGUCCACGCGAAAUCUCGAGAUAAAAAAGUGUCGUUCCGAGGAAUUCUUGUGAUAUGUUGGCUCAACAUAAAGGUCACUGUUGGCGGUGAAAUGCGGAAAGUUGAGACAAAUGGAAUCAUGAAAAUGCUUUUUAAUCUAGAAGGUAUCACAAAGACUUUCCCGAAAGCAAGUAAAUAUCAUCGGUAA